UCCCUCUCGCGACGUCCGCUCUGCUCUCUCUCCCCCUCCGCGAAGUCGUCCGACGCCGACGCCGACGCCGACGCAGCCUUCGCUUCCUCCCCUGAACCCGACUCUGACGCCGACGCCCCUCCGCCGGUUGCCUCCGUCGGCGUCGGAGUCCGUCGCCCCCGUCUCCUCCGCCUCCGCCUACACGCCCGACGCCAACGCGUCGAACCACGACGGCGAAAAUGGAGGAGAGAGAAACGACGAAGCAGAAGACGGAGACGAAGAAGCAGAAGCGCGCGCGCUCGGGGUUCUGGACAUGGGUCGUCGCGUCGGUCGCGUUCCGGCUCGCCCUCGUCUACCUCCCCAGGAACCUCGGCCUGUCCACCCGCCCCGAGGUCGCCAGCUCUCUCACCAGCAUUCGCCGCCUUGGCGAAGGCUACUGGUUGAAGCAGUCGGUGAUGUCUCCCUACGCAGGUUCCAUGUAUCACGGUUCUCCUUUGCUGUUGCUUGUUCUCGGACCUCUCGCUGUCAAAAGUACAACACAGUGUUAUUUCGGAGAGAGAUUCAUGCCGUCCCUUCUUCCAUUCAGGAAGCAUCCACAAUGACUUCUACAGCGUCACCUGACAAUUAUUUUUCUGACAUGUACCACUCUCCUCCAAGGCCUUUGCCCUAUGACGUAGAGCCAAGGCGUUUGUGCAUGCAGAGGGAUGGACUGGUUCCAAGGCAUGAGAAGGGUUCAAGUCAUGCCAAUGAGGAAUCAGAACCUCUUAGGAGUGACAAGGAUGGGGAAUCGGAUAAUAUUUGCUCAGAAGGCAAAUGGACUAACUAUGCACAUGAAGGUUUUAAAGAGCAACCAUAUAAGACCUCACUUAAACUAUCCUUGGCAAAAGCGAAUGCUGAUAUUGGGCAUAUUUAUACGACAUCAGAAGAGGAAGAUGUUUGUCCGACGUGUCUUGAAGAAUAUACGCCUGAGAAUCCAAGAAUAAUGACAAAAUGCUCUCACCAUUUCCAUCUUGGUUGCAUAUAUGAGUGGAAGGAGAGAAGUGACAUCUGCCCUGUAUGUGGCAAGGUGAUGGUGUUCGAUGAGACUUGAUCUUAGGUGAAUGCUCAUGUUGACGAUACUGUCAACACUGGGAAGAGAAAAAAGAAUCCUGUUAAUAUACUUGAUGAAAUGUAAAGAAGUCUCUGUGCAUAUUCCAAUUUCUCAGACUCUCUCUCCAAAGACCCAUUAUACAUUCCUUCUAAAUUAUCUUUUACUUUGUUUAGACUUGGUUAUGCUGCUUGAAACUGCAAUUGUAAAUACGAGCAAUAUCUCAAGUGCAUAUUGGUAAAUGUAAUUGUCUGGUCGUUGCCUUUC